AUGGCGGAUGGUGACAUUGAUUUGUAUGCCGAUGAUCUCGAGCAAGAUUUCGCCCAGGACGAAUUCGCUGGAGAUGGUGUUGAUUUAUAUGACGAUGUAAUAGCCGCUCCUUCUGGAGGUAAUGGUGGAGUUUCUGGUAGCAACAGCACCAGUGGAGGCGGCGGCGAUGCUGAUGCAUCCAAUGUGUCUAACGAGGAAACUAAUGGUAAUGCUCCUUACCAUCAACUCGGAAAUAACAUACAGCCUAAUCAAAUCGGACGCCGUCACCAACUUUACGUUGGUAAUUUAACAUGGUGGACAAGUGAUCAAGAUAUCACAGAUUGCGUACAAAGUAUUGGAGUAUCAGAUUUUGUCGAAGUUAAGUUCUUUGAAAACCGUGCCAAUGGACAAUCCAAAGGAUUUUGUGUUAUAUCGCUCGGUUCAGAGCAGAGUAUGAGAAUUUGUAUGGAACGACUUCCGAAGAAAGAGUUGCAUGGUCAAAAUCCUAUGGUUACAUAUCCCACGAAGCAAGCUUUAAACCAGUUCGAGUCACAGUGUAAAACAAGACCAGCUCCAGCUCCACAACAAAAUCAGAGUCAGCGUCCUCACAACCCACAUCAGCAUCAAGCUCCGAUGCCGCCUCAUCAGCAGCAUCCUCAGCACCCCCAACACUCACAACAUGCCCAACAAAACCACGGGCCUAGAAUGAUGAUGGGUCCACCCCAAGGACCGAGACCUCAAAGAAUGCCGCCUCCUGGCAUGGGACCACCAGGUCCCGGAGGACCAGGUCAACAAGGUCCACCAAGAAUGCAUGGUCCACCUAUGGGUGGUCCAGGACCUCACCACGGAAUGCCUGGACAUCCUAACCAAGGUCAAGGACCUCCUCGGCCUCCAGGUCACCCCGGCGGUCCACCUGGAGACCCACGAAGUGCUCCACCACGUCCAGAAUGGAAUCGACCUCCUGGAAUGCAUCAUGGACAACAAGGACCUCCAGGAUUUCCUCAGCACCAGCACAUGCAAGGUCCACAACAAGGACCACCUCAACGCGGACCUCCUCCAGGAGGAAUGGGUGGAAUGAUUCCUGGUCCAGGAGGCGCUCCACCAGGCCACGGUGGUCCACCACAAGGACCACCACCUGGAGGACCAGCUCCUCACGUAAAUCCUGCAUUUUUCUCACAAGGUCCACCGCAUCAGCAUCCGGGACAACAUGCCGGAGGCCCACCACCCCACGGACCUCCUCAUGCACCUCCUCACGGUCCUCAUGGUCCUCCGCAUUCACAACCUCAUGGUCCUCAUCCUCCUCCUCAUGGCUAUGGACCACCACCUGCUCAGACGCCAUACGGAACACCAGGAGCUGAUCAUCGACCGGAAGAUCAACCUCAAAUAAGAGAACAAGAGUUUGAAGUAAUAAUGGAUCGUAAUAGAACCGUGUCAUCAUCAGCUAUUGCACGUGCUGUGUCUGACGCUGCUGCUGGAGAGUAUGCUAGUGCUAUCGAGACUCUUGUCACUGCGAUAUCUCUUAUUAAACAGUCUAAGGUCGCAGGUGAUGAUCGAUGCAAAAUUCUCAUCAGCUCGCUGCAAGAUACUCUACGAGGUGUCGAGACCAAGAGUUAUGGAUCUGCACGUCGUGAACGGUCAAGAUCACGGGACAGAGAACGAAGUCACAGACGCAGGCGUGAAAGAUCAAGGAGCCGUGAUCGUGAAUACCGUGAACGUUCAAGAGAACGUGAUCGUGAGCGUGACCGCGACCGUGAACGUGAUCGAGAUCGUGAACGUGAUCGUGAACGUUACUACAAUGAAGCUACAUAUCCACGAGAAAGAUCACGCAGUCGUGAGAGGGAUCGUGAACGUGAACGUGAUCGCGAGUACCGUGAACGCAGCAGAGAAGAGAGUACAACACGUCAAUCAUCCAGACCACGAGUUAAAGAAGAACCUGCUGAAGCUGCGCCUGUUUCGUCAGCAAAACCAUCUAGGUAUUACGACGAUCGAUACAGAGAACGUGAUCGUGACAGAGAACGCGAACGUGAGACAGCUCGUCGGCCAGCAGAACGAGAACGUGAACGUGAACCUGAACGAGAACGAGAACGUGAACGAGAUCGUCGUGAUGAACGUGCUGAUUCUUCUCAUCGUUCUAGACACUAG